AUAGCUAUCAAGUCGGUCCAGUUCCUGAACACGGACCUGUGGUCCAAGGAGCUGCUGUGGGCACUCACCAAGCCCAACCAGACCCAUCGGGAGCAGUCCCCGGAGAAGGCCUUCCUGUUCACCUACUAUGGGCUGAUCCUUCAAGCUGAAGAGAACAGCGCCACGGUCAGGACACACCUACAAACCCUCCUGGAAACGUCCCACCAGUGGCCCAAGCAGAGAGAGGGCAUUGCUCUCACAGUGGGGCUGGCCGCCGUCCACCACCUGGAUGAUGUCUGGGCCGUCCUGGACCAGUUUGGCCGGAGCAGGCCCAUCAGGUGGAGCCUCAAUAGUUUCUCCCCAAAGGUACUGGGGCAGAAUCCAGAGGACGUGCAGUGGAGGUGGGCCAGCAGCACCACCCUCCUUGCCUAUGGGCAGGUGGCAGCCAGGGCCAAGGCGCACAUCCUCCCGUGGGUGGACAACAUCUUGUCGCGGAUGAUUUUCUACUUCCAGUACAGCUCCUGGUCCGCCUUCCAGCCUGACCCCUCCCCACCCCNGAUCCUGCAGGCACCUGUCCUGUGGAUAGCUAUCAAGUCGGUCCAGUUCCUGAACACGGACCUGUGGUCCAAGGAGCUGCUGUGGGCACUCACCAAGCCCAACCAGACCCAUCGGGAGCAGUCCCCGGAGAAGGCCUUCCUGUUCACCUACUAUGGGCUGAUCCUUCAAGCUGAAGAGAACAGCGCCACGGUCAGGACACACCUACAAACCCUCCUGGAAACGUCCCACCAGUGGCCCAAGCAGAGAGAGGGCAUUGCUCUCACAGUGGGGCUGGCCGCCGUCCGCCACCUGGAUGAUGUCUGGGCCGUCCUGGACCAGUUUGGCCGGAGCAGGCCCAUCAGGUGGAGCCUCAAUAGUUUCUCCCCAAAGAAUCCAGAGGACGUGCAGUGGAGGUGGGCCAGCAGCACCACCCUCCUUGCCUAUGGGCAGGUGGCAGCCAGGGCCAAGGCGCACAUCCUCCCGUGGGUGGACAACAUCUUGUCGCGGAUGAUUUUCUACUUCCAGUACAGCUCCUGGGAUGAGUCCCUGAAGCAGAGCUUCCUCACUGCGGUCCUGAUGCUGCUGGGGGCCAUCGGCAGGAGCGAGGGUGCCCACAGCUACAAGUUCUCCCAGACCUCUGAGCUGCUCGAGUGUCUGAUGGUUUUGAUGGAGAAGGAGCCUCAGGACGCUCUGUACACACCAAGUCGCCAGCAGACCAUCCGCAUCAUCUCCAGCCUCUGUAAGCUGAGGCCACCUGUGGACCUGGAGAGGAAAUCGCGGCUCCUCUCCACCUGUCUCCGCAGUGUGUUUGCCCUGCCGCUGCUGGACACCCUGGAGAGACACACCUGUCUCUUCCUGGAGCCACCAAACAUACAGGUCUGCCCACUGUUCGUGGCUUGGGAGGGGGCGGGCUGGGUGGGAAGGUUUCCUGAGCACUCCGCAUGCCAGGGCUGGGGACCUGGGCACGUUCUGAACUGCUCUGAGCACCUGUCUACCCUGUACCACAAGACCACAGAGGCGCUCGACCACAUGCUGCAGAGCUUCAUCACGCAGAGCCCCACGGCUGACGAGCUGCACUUCCUGCUGUCGCACAUGUACACCUGGCUGGCGUCGGAGAAGGCGCACGAGCGGCAGCGGCCAAAGAAGGACUUCAGAUGGAUUGGGCAGCUGGUGGGCAUGCUGGGGAUUUUGUGCCAGGACGUGGACAGUGCCACCCAGCAUGCCAGCCUGGAAGGGGUGGGCUAUCUCCACCAGCUGCUGACAUGCCAGAAAGGAGAAGCUGAAGAGGUGGAGUCACAGUCCCCUAAGGAGCUCUCCCAGCCCAGUGCAGAUGGAGCCCCCCUCUGGAACUGUGGGGACAAGAAGUCCACUCCCCCUGCCCCCCAGGGGAUGGCCUUCCCGAAGAACCACAUCUUCCAGCUUGGCAGCUCCCAAGUCAUCAAGGAGAUCAUGAAGCAUCUCGCGAUGGCAGAGCUGACCGAUCUCGUCUGGACAGUCAUUGACGGCCUGGGCUCCACCAGCCCCUUCCGUGUGCAGGCCGCGGCUGAGAUGCUGCUCUCUGUCGUCCGGGAGCACGGGGCAAAGCUGGAGACUGUCGCCAACAUGGGCCAGGCCAUCCACCUCCACCUCUGCUCUGUCCGCAUCCCCCAAGCCAAGGAAAACGCCCUGAAUGCCAUCACCCUGCUGGCCCGGAACCACGCCCCAGAGCUGGUGGCUGCCUUCCUGGACUUCUCCAUACCCCUGGACAGCCACGCCUUCCGGCUAUGGAGAGCCCUGGGGGCCGAGCAACCUGUGAGCCACCUGGUGCUGUCCAUGCUGCUGGCCUGGCUGCAGGAGCGGCCCCUGCCCGCUGGGGCCAGUGAUGGCAGCCCCCACCCCAAGGAGAAGACCUACCUGCGCUCGCUGGCCGCCAUGAACACGCUACACAAGCUGCAGUUCGCCCGAGAGUUCAAGGUGGCCGUGCAGGAGGCCUACCCCGAGCUCCUCCUGGCCCUGCUCACCCAGAUGCACUACGUCCUGGAGCUGAACCUGCCCAUGGAGCCCCAGCCAGAGCAGCAGGCCCAGGAGGGGGCCAUGCCCGGCCCCCAGAGCACAUCACUGGAGGCACUGAAGAGCCUGCUGUCCACCACGGGGCACUGGCACGAGUUUGCCCACCUGGAGCUUCAGGGUGCCUGGGAGCUCUUCACCAGCAUGCACACCUACCCGCAGGGCGUGGGUCUCCUUGCCAGGGCCAUGGUGCAGAACCACUGCAGGCAGAUGGAGGCGGUGCUCAGCCGGCUGCUGCCCAGCCUGCAGAGCCCACAGGAGCGGGAGAGGAAGGCAGCCAUCCUCAUCCUCACUGAGUUCCUCUACAGCCCUGCCCUGCUGGAGGUGCUUCCCAAGCAGGCCGCCCUGACCGUGCUGGUGCAAGGGCUCAGGGACUCCAGCCCCGAGGUCCGUGUGUCCAGCCUGCAGGGCCUCGGGAAUAUCCUCUUCCACCCGGAGAAGGGAAGCCUGCUCCGCGGGCAGCUGCCGCCCUUCCUCGGAGGCUUCUUCCAGGACAGCGAGCCGGUGGUCUUGCGCGUCAUGGGCACCGUCUCGGACGUGCUGCACCGCCUGGGGACGCAGGGCGCGGGCGCGCACAGCAUGCGCAUCGCUGUCAGCGCGCGAUCCUUCUUCGACGACGAGCGGGACGGGAUUCGGGCGGCAGCUAUGGCACUGUUCGGGGACCUGGUGGCAACGAUAUCACGCAGGGAGCUAAGCGGCCUGAGAACCCAGGUGCACCAAAGCCUGCUGCCCCUGCUCCUGCACCUGAAGGACCGAUGCCCCGCUGUUGCCACGCAGGCCAAGUUCGCCUUCUACCGCUGUGCUGUGCUGCUGCGCUGGGGGCUGCAGCACACCCUCUUCUGCUCACUGGCCUGGGAGAGAGGCCUCAGCGCCCGCCACUUCCUCUGGACCUGCCUGAUGACCCAUAGCCAGGAAGAGUUCAGCAUCCACUUGGCACAGGCCCUCAGCUACCUGCAUAGCUGCCACCGCUACAUCAAGACCUGGGCAGCACUCUUCAUAGGUUAUACCAUCUGCUACCACCCCCAGGCCGUGUCCCAGAUGGUGAGCGAUGUCGACACAAAACUGCUGUUCUGCACUUUUGAAGAUCUCAGAAAAGACCUAGAACCCGGCAUCCGGGAGUUCGCCACCAGGCAGCUCUCCUUCCUUCGGGAGGUGUCAGCAAGACCCCAGCAGUGA